AUGGCUUUACAAGCCACGUCAGCAGGCGCGUCGGGCGGGUGGUUCGCGGUGGGGUGGUCGCCGGGGGGGAAGAUGUACCCCGCGGACAGCGUGAUCGCGCACAAGGCGGGCGCGGACAUUGGCGCGUACACCAUAACGGGCUACGACAGCUCCAACGUUGUCGCCACGACCGCCUUCUCGCUCGGCUCGCCCGCGUAUUCCGCCGGACUUGCCACCUUCUCCCGCACGGUGGGGACGGGCAGCAAGGUGACGUUCGUGAACGGACCCAUGAAGACCAUCUGGGGCUACUCCGAUGGAGCCACCACCUCAUUCGACGGCCACGGGGGCAACCGCGGCAGCACCACCAUCGAUUUCUCCUGCGACGGGACCCCCGUUGCCACGCCCUCCCCUCCCCCCGCCUCCGCCAACCCCUCCCCCCCGCCUCCCCCCGCUGCCUCUGCCUCCCCGCCUCCCCCUGCCUCCUCCGCCUCCCCUCCCCCCCCCACCGCCACGCCGUCACCCCCCCCUGCGCCGCCGGCUGCGGGAGUGGCGUGCCCGGCGUCGGCUCUGGAAGGGUUUGACUACCAAGUGGAGCUUGGCGGGCCGCUCAUGCUUCUGCACUGGACCUUCAGCACCAGCACCACCAUCAAAUUCUCCAUAGAAGCACGCGGCGCCACUAUAGCCAAGGACGGCUGGAUAGCCGUUGGAUGGUCGGGCAGAAAGGGCAAGAUGAAGGGCUCAGAUGCGGUCAUCGGGAACCUGCCUGGCGUGGCUGCGGUGCACAUGAGUGGAUACAGCAAGAAGCUUAUAAAGCAAACGAGUGCGUUCACUAUUGGGAAUACUGCUGUCGCUACCACCUCUGAAGGCGGCACCACAAUCACGUUCACCAGGGAGGUGGGCAAGGGAGCGGUACCCAUAAAGCUCAACGCCACCAACUACCUCAUCUAUGCCUUCAGUACCACAGCCUCCACCACCCUCGCCUUCCAUGGCUGGAACCAGGGCGGCCUUGCGGUGGACUUCUCGUGUUUCAAGAAGCCCUCAGCCCUGUGGGGUGGCGGGCCUGACUACAGCGAUGACUCGGACUAUGACAACUCGUUCAACAGUGCCCGUGCUGCGAGCAUGGAUGGCACUAGUACAAGCACUGCAGGCACCUCCUCUGCUGACUCAGCAACGGGCGGGGCUUUAAGCAGCGGUCAGCGAAACCGGUUGCACCAGCAGACGGGCUUGGGGCAUCAGCACCAUGAGGGCGCUGUUGGUACCACUGCUGGUGUUGCUGGUGAUGGUGCUGUUGGCACUGGGCCCUGCGCUCUGCGCCCUAUUCUCUGCGCCCUAUGCACUGCGCCCUAUGCUCGGCGCCCUAUGCACUGCGCCCCAUGCUCUGCGCCCUAUGCUCUGCGCCCCAUGCUCUGCGCCCCAUGCUCUGCGCCCCAUGCUCUGCGCCCUAUGCUCUGCGCCCCAUGCUCUGCGCCCUAUGCUCUGUUCCCCAUGCUCUGCGCCCUAUGCUCUGCGCCCCAUGCUCUGCGCCCUAUGCUCUACGCCAAUGGCCCACCCUUUCUCCCCCUCAUCCCUGCUUCACCGUAUUUCACUCCCUGCUUCACCUCAUUUCCCUCCCUGCUUCACCUCAUUUCCCUCCCUGCUUCACCUCAUUUCCCUCACUGCUUCACCUAA